GUUAGAAGUCAUAUAGCCUAGCAGUAUUUCUCACUCUUCAGUCCUCUCUUCAUGACAGUAGACCGGUUUCGCUCAGUGGAACCCCAGUUAGAGACAGAUAUGAUACCUGCAGUGAUAUUGAUGAUCCUGUUCUGGUGUACAGAUCUCCAGGCUCAAAGCGUCAGUCCACCAGCUGAACUCUCAGUCAGACUGGUGAAUGGGACCACUUCCUGUUCUGGGACAGUGGAAGUCUUCAAUGAAGGAGAGUGGUCAGGUCUAUGUACUAGGUGGUGGAGCAUGAGAGAGGUUAAGGUUGUGUGUAGAGAGCUGGACUGUGGAAACCCUGUAUCUGAAUCUAGAGGACCUCUGGUUGAAGAUGGAAGAGGAGUCAGACUAUUUAGUAGUUGCUAUGGAAAUGAGUCUUCUAUUAGACAGUGUGACAUCAUAGAAGUAAGACCUGGUGUCUGUAUUGGUGGAUAUUAUCAUCAUGUGACCUGUUCAGAUCUCCUGGUCCAGCCUGAUAUCUCCCUGACUGACUCAAUGGGAGGGGUCUCCAGGGGCCACCAGGGGCCCGAGAUGUUCAGGGGCUACAGCUUCACCAUCACCUGCUCCACUCAGCCACAGUACCCAGGAGGCUCCUUCCUCCUCACGUUCACCGGCUCCAACAGAACCCAGACCCAUCCAGCUGUCAAUCACUCUGCUGCCUUCCUCUUCCCUGCUGCAGAUGACUCCCACCAAGGGAACUACAGAUGUGUUUAUGAAAAUUAUGUUUUCUCUCAUAACUUCUCCUCUGAGAGUGAGCUCCUCUCCCUCACCAUCACAGCCUCUCCUCUGCCAGCCUUCAUCAUCAGACACGUUGUAGUGCUGCUGAUCCUACUGACAGCCAUCACCACCUUAUACCUGUACUACAAGCCCACCAGGAGGCAGAAGAGAGUGAACAGGGUGAGCAGCAUGGAUCUUUAUGCCAAUGCCAUGGAGAUGGUCUCUCUGAGCUCCAGAGCUGAAGCUGGACCGGGAGAGGAGAGAGCAGCCCAGGGGACGGAGUAGGAGUAGAAUGAAGCUGACCCUACAUGCUGAUCUUAGGUCAGUUUUGUGUUUUAAAUGGAUGGUCAGCAGUGGACUGGUGUUUAAAAUGUGGUGACAAACCUGAAGUGGUUCUAAUUUUAAUAACAAGUUCAGAAUUAAUUUAUCUUUAAAGAACCUUGGAAGAAAUCUAAAAGGAGUGACUGCAACCACCAUUAACUUUUUUAAGUUAGAUGUUUACCACGAGGGUAACGUGGCCUUUGGGUAACAUGAGGUUCUGGGUAACAUGAGGUUCUGGGUAACAUGAGGUUCUGGGUAACAUGGGGUUCUGGAUAACAUUGGUUUGGGAUAAUAUGGGGUUUGGGAUAAUAUGGGGUUUAGGGUAACAUGGGGUUUUGGUAACAUGGGGUUUUGGUAAC